CGAUGGGCUGCUGGGAUCUGGUCGCCAUGGUGACGGACUGUACACUACCACAGCUUCCCAGGCCGCGAGUGCGGGCUGCCAGGCUGCCCGGCUGCCCUAGGGUCAUGGACUCCCCGAACUCGCAAUCCCUCAACUUCCCCACCACGUCGAGAGCACAACUGCGGCCUUUAGGAGUGUCCAUAGAUGAUUCCCUCUUCACAGAUACCAAGAAUACCCAGAAACGCAAGCUUUCUCAGAAACGGAAGACACUGCUGUCCGGUUCGUUCUCCAUCGGUGGCCACCUGUCCCCCUGGCCCAGAUACAUCAGUGACCAGACCAUUCUGCAUAAUCGAAAGCCCUGUUCAGAUGACUACCGGAAGCGGGCAGGUAGCUUGCAGCAGCCCCUGGGCACAACCAAGCCGAGGUACCUGGAGCAGCUUGAGAACUACCUGCGCAAGGAACUCCUCCUGCUGGACCUAAGCACGGAUUCUGCCCAGGAACUAAAGCUGCAGCCUUACAGAGAGAUCUUUGAAUUCUUCAUAGAGGACUUCAAAACAUACAAGCCAUUGCUGUCCUCCAUCAAGAAUGCAUAUGAGGUGAUGCUGGCCCACCAAAGGGAGAAAAUUCGGGCUCUGGAGCCCCUGAAGGCCAAGCUGGUCACUGUGAACGAGGACUGCAAUGAGAGGAUCCUGGCCAUGAGGGCUGAGGAGAGAGAUGAAAUCUCCAUGCUGAAGAAAGAGAAGAUGAAUUUGCUAAAACUCAUUGACAAGGAAAAUGAGGAGAAGAUCUCAUUGCAGACUGAGGUGACCAAGCUGAGGAAGAACCUGGCUGAGGAGUAUCUGCACUACCUCAGCGAGAGAGAUGCCCGAAAGAUCCUCAUCGCAGACCUGAAUGAGCUACGCUACCAGCGGGAAGACAUGUCACUAGCCCAGUCCCCAGGUGUCUGGGGGGAGGACCCCGUGAAACUAACAGUGGCUCUGAAGAUGGCCCGGCAAGACCUGACCCGCACACAGAUGGAACUCAACACCAUGAAGGCCAACUUUGGAGAUGUUGUGCCCAGGAGGGACUUUGAAAUGCAGGAGAAGACCCUCAAGGAACUGCAGGAGCAGCUGGAGAGCCUGAGAGACGACUACGAAGAGGUCCGCAAGGAGCACGAGAUGCUGCUGCAGUUGCACAUGAGCACGCUGAAGGAGCGGGACCAGUUCUACUCCGAGCUGCAGGAGAUCCAGCGCACCUCCACACCACGACCAGACUGGUCCAAGUGUGAAGAUGUGGUGGCUGGAGGACGAGAUCGCUGGCACAUGCUGGCCGAGGGCAAGAACAGCGACCAGCUGGUAGACGUGCUCCUGGAGGAGAUUGGAGAGGGGCUGCUCCGGGAGAAAGACUUCUUCACUGGUCUGGGCUAUGGGGAAUCUAUUCCCCCUUUCCUUCGGUUUGAUGGCAUGGUGGAGAACAAGAAGCCAACCAAGAAGGAAGUGGUAAAACUCCUCAAGAAUGCCUGGAAGGAACGUAUCACUGAGGAGCAGAAAGAGAAGUUCCCAGAUUUCUUCUUCAGUUUCCUGGAGCGCCACUUUGGGCCUGGUGAUGCCAUGGCCUGGGCUUACACCAUCUUUGAAUAUAUCAAGCUCUUCCAUACCAAUGAAGUCAUGAGUCAGUUCUAUGCAGUCUUGAUGGGAAAGAGGAAAGAGAGUGUGUACAUCAAGCAGAUGGAGACCAUAGCACAGCUGCUAAAGGAGAUGACAAACAUUGACAGCCAGAAUGAGGGGCUACUAACCGUGGAGCAGUUAAGUACUGUCCUCAAGAGCGCCUUCCCCUUUAAGAAGGAUGAGAGAAUUCAGGAGCUGAUGGAGACAGCAGGCUGGCAUCCCAGCAUCAGCAAUGCAGACUUGCUCGACUACCGCAUGUUGUUUAUGGAGGAUGAGGAGGGCCAGAGCGUGCCCUUUGUGCAAAAGCUGUGGGAACAGUACACGGUGGAAAAGGAUGAAUACUUAAAUGAGUUAAAGCAGGAGCUGGGCCUGGAACUCAACAAGGAGGUGACCCUACCCAAGGUACGUGAGGCCCUGAUGAACAUUGAUCCCAGCCUGGACAAGCAGACCCUGAACCACUAUUUGAGGCAGGCCUUCCAGCUCCCCAUGACAGAAAUGCCAGAGGAGGGUGAAGAAAGGGAAGAGGGCAUUGUGACACAGCUCCAGACUGCACUAGAACAGCUUCAGAUGAAUGACAUUAGGCGUAUGGGGCCUCGGGAGCAGGAACCUGCAAGCUAAGGCCACCAGGGCAGCCUAAGUGCUCCCAUGCUGCUAACCUCUGAUUGUUGUUAUAAAAUUCUUUGUCUGAA